CUCCAGAAAGCCCUAAAAAACCUGCUUGUCACCAGCUCUCUCCCCCUCUCUGAGUUCACUUUCGCAUUUCUUCACGACGCCAGCAAAGCUUCCUUACAGUCCCUGCAACCGUUGAGCUUCGCUCUGCUAGGGUUUCGAAGAUGUCUUUGCGUGUGCUGAAUCCGAAUGCUGAAGUUCUUAACAAAUCGGCGGCCCUGCACAUGAACAUCAAUGCCGCCAAGGGCCUGCAGGAUGUGCUGAAGACCAACCUUGGCCCCAAGGGCACCAUCAAGAUGCUUGUUGGCGGCGCUGGAGAUAUCAAGCUGACGAAGGACGGGAACACACUUCUGAAGGAAAUGCAAAUUCAAAACCCAACUGCAAUCAUGAUUGCAAGGACUGCUGUUGCCCAAGAUGACAUAAGUGGUGAUGGCACGACAUCAACAGUCCUCUUUAUCGGUGAACUCAUGAAACAAUCAGACCGCUACAUUGAUGAAGGGAUGCAUCCACGAGUCUUGGUUGAUGGCUUUGAAAUAGCAAAAAGAGCUACUCUGCAGUUUCUUGAAAAGUUCAAGACUCCUGUGGUAAUGGGAGAUGAACCUGAUAAAGAAAUUCUUAAAAUGGUGGCCAGAACAACACUUAGAACCAAGCUAUAUGAGGCACUGGCUGAUCAGUUGACAGACAUAGUUGUCAAUGCGGUGCUUUGCAUACGGAAACCAGAGGAAGCUAUUGACCUGUUUAUGGUAGAGAUCAUGCACAUGCGACAUAAAUUUGACGUGGACACUCGCUUGGUUGAGGGUCUUGUUCUUGACCAUGGUUCUAGACAUCCUGAUAUGAAGAGAAGAGCUGAGAACUGUUACAUCUUGACAUGUAAUGUUUCUCUGGAGUAUGAGAAAAGUGAAAUAAAUGCAGGCUUUUUCUACUCAAGUGCUGAGCAGAGAGAGGCGAUGGUUGCAGCUGAAAGGCGUUCGGUUGACGAAAGAGUGAGAAAAAUUAUUGAACUGAAGAACGAGGUUUGUUCAGGCAAUGACAAUAAUUUUAUUGUGAUUAAUCAAAAGGGCAUCGAUCCACCUUCACUAGAUCUUCUUGCAAGAGCAGGGAUAAUUGCCCUUCGAAGAGCGAAAAGGAGAAACAUGGAAAGGUUGGUGUUAGCUUGUGGUGGUGAAGCUGUCAAUUCUGUUGACGAUUUGACACCUGAUUGCCUUGGGUGGGCUGGACUUGUAUAUGAGCAUGUCCUUGGAGAAGAGAAGUACACGUUCGUGGAAAACGUGAAGAAUCCACAUUCUUGCACUAUAUUGAUCAAAGGGCCAAAUGAUCAUACAAUUGCUCAAAUAAAGGAUGCUGUUCGUGAUGGACUAAGAGCAGUAAAAAAUACUAUUGAAGAUGAGGCAGUUGUAAUGGGGGCUGGAGCCUUUGAGGUAGCAGCCAGACAAUACUUGAUCAAUGAAGUGAAGAAAACUGUCCAAGGGCGCGCUCAGCUGGGUGUGGAAGCUUUUGCUGAUGCUCUUCUGGUGAUUCCUAAGACACUUGCCGAAAAUUCUGGACUUGACACACAAGACGUGAUUAUUUCUCUCACGGGGGAACAUGAUAGAGGAAACGUAGUGGGAUUAAACCAACAUACCGGCGAGCCUAUUGACCCUCAAAUGGAAGGAAUCUUUGACAAUUAUUCAGUGAAGCGCCAAAUCAUCAACUCCGGACCUGUAAUUGCAUCCCAGCUGCUAUUGGUUGAUGAAGUGAUUCGUGCUGGCCGUAACAUGCGGAAACCCACAUAAUCCUAAGGCGUCUUCAGCUCUAUACAGUCUCUCGAGGAAAAAAACCGGUUUUUACUUCUGUUGUGUGAGUUGAAUGACUUGCAAAAGAGGCGCCGGGAGCCAUGGAUUGAGCUAAUCGAGUCUCUAAAGGGAAGCUACAGAAGGAGUGGAUGCAAAUUUACUUCCCAUUUUGAUGAUUAUCGACUCAUAAUUGAAGUAUUCGACCUGUUUUCAUUUUGGAACUGUUAGCAUAGAAUUUUUUGUUUUGACAUUGUCUAUGAUCAAUUUUCAAGUGUUUCCCUUCGUUUCCCAGGGACAGAGUUGCUAUAUAUGUUCUCUCUUUUAGUUUGUAUAA